GUCACCGCAGACACCUACCUCCACCUUGCAUCUCCUCGUCUGUUUGUGGACAGAACUCAGGCACUCACUCGCACAAUGGACGCAGAGGAAUACAACCGUAGAGCGAAAGAGUUAGUGGACUACAUCACGGAGUACCUGGGCUCCAUCAGAGACAGGAAGGUGAUCCCGGAGGUGAAGCCGGGGUACAUGAGGGAGCUGCUCCCCGACUGUGCGCCCUCCGAGCCGGACAGCUGGGACUCGAUCUUCAAGGACAUCGAGCGUGUCAUCAUGCCCGGGGUGGUUCAUUGGCAGAGUCCCCACAUGCACGCCUACUAUCCGAGCCUGACGUCGUGGCCCUCCAUGCUGGGGGACAUGCUGGCGGACGCCAUAAACUGUAUCGGCUUCACCUGGGCCUCCAGUCCUGCGUGCACAGAGCUGGAGAUGAAUGUGAUGGACUGGCUGUGCAAAGCCCUCGGGCUUCCCCCCUUCUUCCUCCACCACCACCCGGACAGCGUGGGGGGGGGCAUCAUCCAGAGCACGGUGAGUGAGAGCACCUUGGUGGCUCUGCUGGCGGCCAGGAGAGACCGGCUGCUACAGCUCCAAGCUGAGGUGGAUCAGCCUGUGGACGACUCAGUGCUCAACUCACGGCUGGUGGCGUACGCCUCUGACCAGGCCCACUCAUCCGUGGAGAAGGCGGGGCUGAUCUCUCUGGUGAAGAUUAGAUUUCUGCCGACGGAUGAAAAAUUUUCUUUGAGAGGGGAAACAUUGAAAGAAGCCAUUGAAGAAGACCGGAAGUUGGGACUUGUCCCCUUCCUGGUGUGCGCCACAUUGGGAACCACGGGAGUGUGUGCCUUUGACAACCUCUAUGAGUUGGGGCCUGUCUGCGCGGAGGAGGGCCUGUGGCUCCACGUCGACGCUGCGUACGCGGGCACCGCCUACUUCUGCACCGAGCUGCGCUGGUCUCUGAAAGGCAUCGAGUUCGCUAACUCGUUUGUUUUCAACCCUUCCAAGUGGAUGAUGGUUCACUUCGACUGCACAGCCUUCUGGGUGAAGGAUAAGGUGAAGCUCCAGCAGACCUUCAGUGUUGACCCAGUCUACCUCAGGCAUGAGAACUCCCAGGCCGCCACCGACUUCAUGCACUGGCAGAUUCCACUAAGCCGGCGUUUCCGUUCCCUCAAGCUCUGGUUCGUCAUGCGAUCUUUCGGUGUGAACAACCUGCAGGCUCAUGUCAGACAUGGCAUCGAGAUGGCGAAGCUGCUAGAAUCUCAAAUCCGGAAGGAUCCUCACUUUGAGAUCCCUGCUCAGAGGCAUCUGGGCCUGGUUGUCUUUGCUCUGACGGGAGGGAACGCGGUGACUCAGGAGCUGCUGCGGCGGCUCACCGCCUCCCGCACCAUGUACCUCAUCCCUGCAGACAUCCACACCAAGCGCAUCAUCCGCUUCACCGUCACCUCGCAGUCCACCACGGCCGAGGACGUCCUCUCCGACUGGGCCACCAUCUCCAGGACGGCCUCCGCUCUCCUCGCAGAGCUCAACCCUCCUCAGACCGGCCCAGAGGACCCGCCAGCCGCGGAGGACGAGGUGCUGAGCGUCCUCUCCCGGGCCGACAGUGUGGAGACCGGGGAGACGCGCUCUGAGAGGACGGGGGGCCCGGCGGUGACGCUGGACAAGGCCCAAGUGGAGCUGUGGAUCGACAAGGCCUGGAGCCGGCCCCGCAGGCCCAUGCGGUCGCUCAGCUGCAGCAGCGCGCCGCUGCCCCACGCCUUCACCGCACCCUGGUCCAUGUUCGACUUUGAGGCGGCGCCCGGUACUGCAGACCCCAUCAUUGUUCCUCCUCUGGGCGAUGCCAAGACGCGGCCCCCGCCUCCGUCCGCAGGGGCGGAUCAGCUGAGUAACAUUCCGGAGGUGCCCCAAGACCUCCUGGGUAAACGGGUCCUCAAAAAGCUGACCAAGUACUACAGCGUGCCCAGCUUCUGUAACCCGUGGGUGCCCUGCAGCCGGUACCAGCCCUGCUGCCCCCUCAGUGUUCAGCUCAACCCCUGCCUCCUGGCCUCCGCGUGCAAAACCCCGAGCUGCGUGUGUUCCCAUUCAGCGGGCGGCGCAGCUACCUCCACCUCCUCUGCCCCCCUGGACGCUUCCACCCAACAGGAUCUACUGAUCUACUGUACCCACACCACACCCUACAGGAUCUACUGUACCCACACCACACCCUACAGGAUCUACUGUAACGACACCACACCCUACAGGAUCUACUGUACCCACACCACACCCUACAGGAUCUACAGUAAUGACACCACACCCUACAGGAUCUACUGUACCCACACCACACCCUACAGGAUCUACUGUAACGACACCACACCCUACAGGAUCUACUGUAACGACACCACACCCUACAAGAUCUACAGGAUGUACUGUAACGACACCACACCCUACAGGAUCUUCUGUGACGAAACCACACCCUACAGGAACUACUGUAACCCAACCACACCCUACAGGAUCUACCGGAUCUACUGUAACGACCCUACAGGAUCUACUGUAACCAAACCCUACAGGAUCUACUGUAACGACCACACAGGAUCUACUGUAACGACCCUACAGGAUCUACUGUAA